ACGACCACGGAGCUCAAGUUAAGGGUGAGGGACAGCGCUGAGAGCACCGUGGAGACGGGCAGCAGUACGGGCCAGACGUGAGCGGGUAUGACCGAGGAGGAGGCGACGGUGGUGGACUCCUUCACCGCCGCCUGGUGGGACCGCAGCUGGAAUAUUAAGAUCACCGAUAAGACGGUCAUGAUGGCCGACAGCACUCCCAGGAAGGACAGGACAAUUAAAGACCUCUGGCUGUACUUGAGCGUCAUGUUUAUCCUGAAAUUGGCUCCAGAAGGGCGGAAAGAGAAGCUUCCCGUCGUCCAGUGGGACUCCCCAACUCCCUACAGUCCUGCGCCGUGGGCAGGCAUUGCAGCGUGUGGAAAAUGUUCCCGGAGGUCCUGUCCGGAGGGAAACCCUUUUCUUCCUCGACUCGUGGGAGAAGACAUGGGGAGAAAGAAAAUCCAAAUUUCUCGUAUUCUUGACCAGAGAAACAGACAGGUGACCUUCACUAAGCGUAAGUUUGGCCUGAUGAAGAAGGCGUACGAGCUGAGCGUGCUCUGUGACUGCGAAAUCGCCCUCAUCAUCUUCAACAGCACCAACCGUCUGUUCCAGUACGCCAGCACUGACAUGGACAAAGUUCUGCUGAAAUACACAGAGUACAGCGAGCCGCACGAGAGUCGCACCAACACCGACAUAUUGGAGACGCUGCGCAGGAAAGGCCACGGCCUGGACGGCUCCGAGCUCGACAGCGAGGAGAGCGCGCAGGCGGCGGCCGACAAGUAUCCCGGCAGCGACAGCAUGGAUCUGUCUGUGGCUCGCCAGCGCUUCUGUCCUCCCUCUCUUUUGUCACCGGAGACUCAGUUCCUCGUGUCCGCCGGGUGUGAGAACGGCUUCCCCAACUCUUCGGCGUCCAGCGCAGCCUCCCACCGGCCCCCUGGGUUUAAAGCGCUGAGCUCUCGUCCGGGUUCUGCGAGUCCAGCAGGACCGCACCCGGCGUUCAUGUCCCCACAUCCAGGCAUCGGCUACUCCGUGUUCUCCCAUGGCAACCUGAACCGAGCUCUGGACAUGAAAAGCCCUCCUCCUCUGAGCAUGGGCAGCGAAAACCUGCGGGCAGACCCUGCUAAUCAGGCCAUGGGGGCCACAAGAGUAAACCACAACUCUGCUAGGAGUCUGCUGUACCAGGGCCUGCACAGCAGCAGCUCGAUGGUGGCGAUGGGUAAAGCGGGUCUCCUGAGUCACAGUUUGGGGGGCUACGGGCUCCCCCCUGCUGGAGCCUCUGAGUACAGCCAGCCUGGUUUCUUUCACUCUGUCAGUUUACAGCGAGGACCGGUGAAUCCCUGGCAGCAUGAGUCUCAGACUCCUCAUAUCAGCUCAGGAAUGUCCAGCGGGGGGUGCUCCUUCCCACCUCAGUCUUGCUCCUCCAACUCCUCUCAUCUUGCCUCCUUGAACCUCAGCAUCAAGUCGGAGCGAAGCUCGCCUGACCACAUGUGCUCUCCGUCCUCCCCUCGUCUGCACCACCUCAGGCAGCAUUCGCCCACGGGCAACGCCGACGUGGCGCGCCACAGCCCUCCGGAAGCCCACCCGGCCAACAGGACGAAGGAGUUUCCCAAAGCCGGCUACCCGCAGGACGGAGAGGAGCGAGGGCAACCUGUCAGGCAGCUGGAGAUGAGCGACGGCUGGCAGAGAUAGCCAGCUGCCACCGCCUCCCGCUCAACGGCUGCCAACAAAACCCGACGGGGUCGAGAUGUUUUCUAGAGCGUCCCCUCCCCCCAGCCCCGUUGGGGACGUCUCGUCUCGCAGAGCUGGGCUCUUCAGGGUGGGAAAGAAAUCCUCCCUUCAAGUCACUCGCUUGAUCCCACGAGGCGAUAGACGCAUACAGACUUUCUCCUUCUUUUUUUUUUUUUUUUUUUAGA